AUGGCCUCUCCAUUCGACAGAGCGCCAUCGCGGCGCCAGUCGAUGUUGAACACGCCCAACGAUGGCGAUAGGGACCUGGCGCAUUCGCUCAAGCAGCUGUCUCUUUCAAUCUCACCUACUAGCAACUCGCCUCGCACCCCGAGCGCCCUCUCGCCGUUGAGACCGGCUGUGAAUCGGACCUCUCCAGCCCCGAGUCCUCGAGUCCCGUCCCGCAGUCCUUCCUUUGCGAGGGAGCUCUCCCGAUCCCGAUCCUCGACCCCGACGCUCCAGCGGUCUUCAACGCCAACACUCCAGCGCAAGACGUCCACGAGCUCAUUGCACUCAGUGGGAGGCUCCUCGAGCAGGGCGCCCAGUCGAGCCCCUUCGCGACGGACGAGCAUGGCGCAUGCGUCCUCUCCCGUCGCCAAAUCACCCCUGCGACCGAGCCCCCCUGAGUACAUCAAGCCCCCGCCCACCGCAAAUACGGUUGCUCGCGAAUACUUCAAGACGGAGCUGGGUGUGCACCACUCUCCGACUUCUACCCGUGCCACCGAGGCUCUGGUCAUACUGCACGAUGCCUGCUACGGACACCGCUUCUCCCGCCCCAAGACUUCCCGAGCUGCCCUCAGCACCAUCGUCGAGCGACCCGAGCGAAUCAAGGCCGGUGUGUUGGGAGUGGCCAUGGCCUACGUACGGCUUGGUGAACGACAUUGCGAUGGCGCAUACGCAGUGCAUCCGAGUCUGGACCCGUCGUCGAUCCCAAACAUACCGUUCCGCAUUCAUAAGACCGAUCGGAGACUACCCCUGACGUCGCCGGCCGUCACAAACGUACAUGGCACCAAGUGGAUGGAGGAGCUCAAGAUGAUGUGCGAUGUGGCCGAGGCAAAAUUGGCAACAGGCGGAAAGGAGCUUCAACGGCCUGAGUUGAACCGGGGCGCAGAGGGACCGCCUGCCAAGUUCCACGAAGGUGACCUCUACCUGUGCUCUGAAUCCCUCGAAGCCUUCGAGGGCGCGCUGGGCGCUGUCUGCGAAGCGGUGGAUCGGGUCUUUACCUCGGGCCCUCGCCGAGCAUUUGUCGCAGUGCGUCCCCCAGGCCAUCACUGCUCGGCCUCGUACCCUUCGGGCUUCUGCUGGAUCAAUAACGUGCAUGUCGGAAUCAUGCACGCCAUUCUCGAGCACGGCUUGACCCACGCGGCUAUUCUCGAUAUCGAUCUCCAUCACGGGGACGGCUCGCAGGCCAUUGCCUGGGCUCACAACACGCGAGGAGUGAAUGCUGCCAAGAACACGGCUGCUUGGAAAAAGGCAUCCAUCGGCUACUUUAGUCUCCAUGACAUCAAUUCGUACCCGUGUGAGAUGGGAGAUGAAGAGAAGGUCAAGAACGCGAGCUUGUGCAUCGAUAAUGCCCACGGCCAGAACAUUUACAAUGUCCACCUGGAAUCGUACGGUUCCGAGAAAGAGUUCUGGGAGCUGUACGAGUCCAGAUACUCCGUCCUCUUGGAGAAGACGCGCAAGCACCUAAAAACCCAAGCAGCUCGCCUGCGCUCCCUCAAUCUGCCCCCGAAAGCGGCCAUCUUCUUAUCGGCAGGAUUCGAUGCCAGUGAAUGGGAGACCAAAGGUAUGCAGCGUCAUAACGUAAACGUUCCUACCGAGUUCUACGCCCGCAUCGCGCAAGACGUUGUCAAAAUCGCCGCCGAGGAAGGCCUGGGAGUCGACGGCCGGGUGAUCAGCGUGCUCGAAGGCGGCUACAGCGACCGCGCCCUGUACUCUGGCAUUUUCAGUCAUUUGAGCGGACUGUCAGGAGAUCAAACACCAGCAGAGCCGAGUCGGGGUCGUGCUUCACUCGGACACGAGAUGGGACAGAAGGAUGCGGCGGUUCCUGAGGGCCAAAGCAUUGCUCGGACCCCUGCUACCCCAGUUUCCCUGCAUCCUUACAACCCGUCUUGGUGGUCUGCCUCUGAACUGGAUGAGCUUGAGGUAGUAAUGGGCAACCGGCCACCGAGCCCAAAGAUGGUACGGCACUCAACGCCACCCACUUACUCUACCCCCACACAGGCGUCGAUCGGUAAGGCCGUGGACCCAGCCAGGAUGAGACGUAUGGCGUCCGGUCUAUCGAACGGAAUCCCUUAUUCUCGACCGCCGACGCCGCCUCCUCCAGACGUUCACUGGACUGUUGCGGCUCACGAGCUGAGCAGGUUACUCAUCCCUUCGGACCGCCAGGUCGACAGCUGCAAGCCUGAGGACUUGAACGCAGAAGCGACUAGGGCUCGGAGGGACCGCCAGUCCAUGCUGAACCCCGAUCUCGUACCACCAGCGCCAGCGCCGGCUCCUGCCCCAGCUCCAGUCAGCAGACCGACCUCGCGGAUGUCGCUGCGAGAACGCAAGCCGGCGAGGCCGGGCAUGUACGUUGAGGUCGACGAGGAUGGUGACAAGCAGUCCAAGAACAGACGGAGAACAGUGGCGGGGCCCCCAGCGCUCUCCUCAGACAAGGCUACAGCUCGAGGCGUUCCGUCUGAUCCCAACGGAUCAGCCAAACUACCAGGUCGACGCCUUAGUGGAGUGUCGUCGGCGGCUUCGAAUACUCCGGAGACGGAGCAGGGAGGCACUAACGUUGCAGGCCCUCGACCGGAUACUGCUAUGAGUGCCCGGCCAGAUUCGGUCAUGAGUAUUAGGACCCAGGCCGGGACAUCUCUUACUGUGAAGAAAACAAGGGCACCUGCUGCGAAAAAGGAGGCUCCCAAGACAACGAGGACAGUGAAGAAGCCGUUGGCACCAGCAAAACCGCCUCCGCCGCAGGGCCAGCCGUCUCAGGCCCCUCAAAGGAAACCGAGCCCGGCCAUCGCGUCGGAGGACGACAUGGACAAACUAACGGCUGGGAUGAAGAAGAUCAAGAUCAACUUGAUCACGAAGAAACAGAAGGAAGAGCGCGCCAAGACAGCGCAGUCCGCGCAAGCGAACGCGGUAACGCCGCCUGCGGUCGAACAGGCAAACCCGACUGCCCCCUCACCAGUGGCACCUCCAGUCGUCACUCCUCCGCAGGACGAGGCCUUUGCCACGCCUCCAACGCAACCCCCCGUGUUCGAUAACCCAUCGCCGCCGCCGCCGCCGCCUGCUCCGGCAGCUCCGGCAGGCCGGUCUGAAGUAUCAACGCCGGUUACGGAGCAGACAUCUGUGGCCGCUACCCCUGACCCUCGUCAGUUGGAGCUCCCUGCCAGUUCGCCAGUCACGUCGCCGGCGGUAACAACGCCCUCAGGCUCAGACGUAUUCGUCAACUACCAACCCGCGGGCCCGGCCCCCGUGUCUGUGGCGCCGCAAGAACCCCUGACGUGGCUGCCGCCCAACACCAAUACGCCGAUCAAGACUUCUCCGUCCAGGCCGACGCCUGCCAAACUGUCGCCAGCCAAGCCGUCGCCGGCCAAGAAGUCGCCGGCCAGGAUGAUGCGGGCAGACCUGCCGGUGUUUUCAUCAACUUCGGCAAUUCCUUUUGCACCGCAGGGGCUUGACGGCACGCCCGAGGUCAAACAGGAGCGAGCCGUGAAGGCGGAUCCGACAAAGAGGGAGAAGUCGAUCUGGGAAAUUCCUGAGACACCGCAGAAGUGA